GAACACGACACAGAUACAAGAGGCCAUUAAAGUCCAAGGAGAAGUGGUCCGGAAGUUAAAAUCUGAGAAGGCGAGCAAAGAGCAGUGUUAGGGUUGCUCACCACUUUUCUCCUGUUCUUCCUGCCUGACCCUGGAUGACUCCGGCUCACCUCACCCUUAAUCAUCAUCAUCAUCUUCAUCUUCUCCAACCCUGCUGGAUGAACCAUCACAACCCACUUCCUGGUUCUCCCUGUGGACCGCUGUGAUUGGCUGCUGUGGUGGGCCCACGCUGCUCUCCUGAACUUUUUUAAACUGGUUUUUUGUGUGGCCCGUCCCGUUGGACCAUGAUGCUGCUGGCCGUGUCGUGUGUUCGCCUCUGCUCUGCUGUGGCGUGUCGUGUGGCGGCGGCACGUGUCCGGCCCCUGCACUCUGUCUGUGGGGUCUCUGUGGCUCAGAUCGAUGAAGAGGUGGCCAAGCUGCUGCAGCUGAAGGCUCAGCUAGGAGGAGAUGAUGGCAAAAACCAGUUUGUGCUCAAAACACCAAAGGGAACACGGGACUACAACCCCAGGCAGAUGGCCAUCAGAGAGAAGGUCUUCAGCACCAUCAUCAACUGCUUCAAACGCCACGGAGCAGAGACCAUCGACACACCGGUGUUUGAGCUGAAGGAAACCCUGACGGGGAAAUACGGAGAAGAUUCCAAGCUCAUCUACGACCUGAAAGACCAGGGAGGAGAGCUGCUGUCCCUCAGAUACGAUCUGACUGUGCCCUUUGCACGUUACCUGGCCAUGAACAAGAUCACCAACAUCAAGCGCUACCACAUCGCUAAGGUGUAUCGCCGUGACAACCCAGCCAUGACUCGUGGACGCUACAGAGAGUUUUAUCAGUGUGACUUUGACAUAGCAGGCCAGUAUGACACCAUGAUCCCAGAUGCAGAGUGUCUGAAGAUCGUCCAUGAAAUCCUCAGUGCUCUGGAGCUGGGAGACUUCCACAUUAAGGUCAACGACAGACGCAUCCUUGAUGGGAUGUUCGCUGUGUGUGGAGUCCCAGAUGACAAGUUCAGAACCAUCUGCUCUACAGUGGACAAACUGGACAAG